GAAGGAUUCUAUUGUUGAGUUGUCUUCGGGUAAUAGGCGUCGUACUAGACUAGAGCUGAGUAAUUGCUUUAUCAUUUUGUACGAUGCUAAUUUCUUUGGAGGAUUUAUUCGAAUUAUUGAGAAGGGAUGUGCUUCUUUGUUUAUUCCUGAGGGACGAAAUGGACAAGGGUUCAACAUUUUUCUGGGAGGAAUUACUCGAGCAAUUACUUUGAUGAAUGAUUCUCUUCUAAAAAAAACGGAGAUUGAACAUGUAGGUAAGGUCAUUUCAGAUACUGCGGGUUCUCUUACUGAUUUGUAUCCUCUACCUUUUGAUGGGUCCUAUCAUCAAUCCUUUGAAACUGAUAUUUCCAUUUCGGGGGCACUACUACAUGCUGAUAUUGAGUAUCUUGAUUCUUUCAACCACUCUAUGGAAUUGGUUUCAGUUGAUGACCAUGAACGAAACUCUGAAACUGUUAUAUGUGCAAAUCUUAAGGAUUUCUUUCAGGCUACUUUGACAAAUGGGGUGGACUCACUUUCUCAUUUCCUGCUUUUGGAAUUUGAGAGAAUCCUUACUUCUGCAUUGGGUAAUCUGAUUUUGACAUCUCCUGAUAACGGAAAUUCCUCUAAUACAAAGAUUGCUUCGGAGCAAGCUGACCAGAAGAGGACGGGAUUUUUAGAGUCAAGUGACGGCUUUCGGAAUAGCCAUACUCAUCCUGGUUGGGAAUUUCCAGAUAUUACGGAUAACUUUACUGCAACUUUUGAAUGUGGGGGAGCCUAUGAUAGUUCGGGCUUUGCAUUAUCCGGGGAUGAAUUUAAUGGUCAUGUUUCAGAGAACGAGAAGAGAGUUCCCAUCUCAACGGUGGAGGACCUUUGGGACUCCGAUUCAAAUGGGGUUCUUUGUCAAAAAGCUUUAUUGGUUACACAGGAAAAUUGUUUGCCCACUCAGAAUUUGAACACACAAAAAAGAAUGUAUAAAAAGAAGAAUCAGCGUUCGCAUAUUAUGAGGACUCGAUCUCAAACACGAGUGGAGCUAUGAAGACUUGGUUGAAGACUAAAAAUUAUUUGGGGAGAGAUAGCUGGUGGGGGUGGUUUAGAGCUACUGACUUGGUUAUGUUUUGGGUUGGGUGAUAAUGGAUAGGUUUCCUUUUUUUGCUCCCAUUGUUUCUUUUCCUUUUUCCCUUUUCAUGUAUUUUCUUUUGCGUGUUUUUAAUAAAGUUAUUUUUUGUUAAAAAUAUAUAUAUAUAUAUAUAUAUAUACAUACUCCCACCGUUCUUUUUUAUUAGUCCUUCUUUCCUUUUUGGGACGUUUUUUUAUUUGUCUCCUUUCCCUUUAAGGAAUGUUUUUGAGAAAAUACCCCCACUUUUAUUACUUUUAAUUCACUUACUUUUUACAAACUACAAUCUCUUUCCUACUUUAUCAUCACUUUACUCUUUUUAAUAUAUCAUAUUUCCUACUUUAUCAAUU